CUCCCAACCAACCAAAACAACACAACAUUGAAGCCACCGAACGCUAACACUACCUUUGCUCCUCUCUCUCUCUCUCGGAGACCAAACUCGAAAAACGGCCAUGGCUGCUGCUACAGUUCCAGAUAAUCUAACCAGAGACCAGUAUGUCUACCUGGCAAAGCUUGCCGAGCAAGCUGAACGCUACGAAGAGAUGGUCCAGUUCAUGCAAAAGCUCGUCCUCGGCUCUACUCCGUCUGGCGAACUCACUGUGGAGGAGCGUAACCUGCUCUCUGUCGCUUACAAGAACGUGAUCGGCUCGCUUCGAGCGGCGUGGCGGAUUGUGUCCUCAAUCGAGCAGAAAGAGGAGGGGAGGAAGAAUGAGGAGCACGUUGUCCUCGUCAAGGAUUACAGAUCCAAGGUAGAGAACGAGUUAUCAGAGGUUUGCGCUAGUAUAUUAAGGUUAUUGGACUCUCAUCUGAUACCAUCGGCGACCGCUAGUGAAUCGAAGGUCUUCUAUUUGAAGAUGAAAGGAGAUUAUCACAGGUACUUGGCUGAGUUCAAGGUUGGAGAUGAGAGAAAGGCCGCUGCUGAGGAUACUAUGCUUGCUUACAAAGCCGCACAGGAUAUCGCACUCGCAGAUCUUGCACCAACACAUCCGAUCAGAUUAGGACUGGCACUGAACUUCUCUGUGUUCUACUACGAAAUUCUCAAUCAAUCUGACAAGGCUUGUAGCAUGGCUAAACAGGCAUUCGAGGAAGCAAUUGCUGAGCUAGACACUUUGGGAGAGGAAUCAUACAAGGAUAGCACUCUAAUCAUGCAACUCCUUCGGGAUAACCUCACUCUUUGGACUUCAGAUGUCCAGGACCAGUUAGAUGAGUCAUAAAAGGCAUCAUAAGCUUGGUCGGUCCUAGUCUUCUUUUGGAGGAGGUGGGCUUUGAAUGUCAUCCAUUUGUCCUGAUUAAAAGUGUGUUUAACAUGACACUAUGGUUUAUAUUUGGACUGAACUUCAUUUAGAUUUGAAGUUAUUUUGGAAAGAGUAGCAUUUGUUGUGAGUUAAAAUGUCCUUUUGUUUGAUUGCAUGUUUGUCAGUGUUGUUCUAUGGCAUUAUAUUCUCGAUAA